UGGGAAUCGAACGUGAGGAAAGUUUACUUAUCUUUGUUUUUAUUUAUUGUCCCAGUCCCAAAUUGAUCUAAACAGACUCGAAACUAGGCCAUGGCGAAUUAUAUUCUAUUUUAUUCGCUGUCCUUACGUGUUUCAUAAGGUAUUUGUGUCAUUGUCUUAUAAUAAAUCAUUUGUAAAAUGGAAAUAAUUAACAUUGAAGACGGUGAAAAUGAUGCGACAGUGGUGACUAGAAAGAAAAGUGUUUGGGCAAAAAUAAAUAACAGAACGACGUACAGUUACUUAUUUAACAUCGUAGUUUCGAUAAUAUUGUUGACGUGCUUACUGCUUAUAUUGUAUUUUUUCAAAGAAUAUUUAAAGACGAUUUUAUACUGGGUCGACUCCCAGGACCCAAAAAUUAUAUUUUUAUUGUUCAUGGGAUUGUUCCUUAUCGUGAGUUUCCCUGUGACCAUCGGGUACCUGGUGUUGAUUAUAACAAGUGGAUAUUUAUUUGGAAUUCUAAAGGGUUUGGGGUUGGUAAUAGUGAGUGCUAACUUUGGAGUGGCGAUCGCUCACUUCACGCUGAAAAUGGUGCGCGGCUAUCUCCCUCUCGAUCGGCUGUUGAAGUCCGAUACCGCGAGGGCCCUCCUCAAAGUGAUCUCUGGCCCUCAAGCUUUCAAGAUUGUGUUCUUUGCAAGGUUGACUCCAAUUCCAUUUGGACUACAAAACACUAUAUUUGCAGUGAGCGAGGUGCGAGGCGGCGGGUACCACGCGGCCACGCUACUAGGGCUGCUCCCCGCGCAGCUCAUCAACGUGUACCUGGGCUCCACGCUCCGCUCCAUGCACGACGUGCUGCACAAGUCCCACGUCACUGGCUACGUGCUGUUCGCCUUCCAGAUAGUGAUCGGCGUGACCCUGAUGGUGUGGGUGGUGCAGAAGGCCCGCAAGGAGCUGACCCUGGCCAUCAUGGCGGCCGAGCUGGGCCGCGAUGCUCUCACCACCUCCAGCAGCUGCAGCAGCUAGCAGGAGGCCGUCGCCACGUCGGACCACCUGGCCACACCCUCGCCGCGGCCGGUGGAGGCGCCGGAGACACUGUGAUACCUCUACCCAAGCUGAGCUCUCGUCUGUACUGACUGACAUUACUAUUAAUAUAGUGACAUUUAUGACUUUUUCACAAGUGUAAUACAUUCGUAUACAUAGAAUUUAUAGUAUCGUGUAUACAAAAUAAAAUUUGGAAACAAAAUUGUUUCGAUUUACAAGAGCGACAUUUCAAGUCAAUUUCCUAAUAUGCAAAUAUUGGGGUUAAAAGGUAUAAAAGGCAUUCAUUUUCUCAAAAUUGAUUCCUUUAGAUGUCACCUCUGAUAUACUAAAUACUACUACCGCUUCGGAAACAAGCGGCGGAAGAAACUCUCCCAGCAUUCUUUAUUUGCGCUCUUUUCAAAUAAAAAUAUACAAUAUUGUACAGUCAUUUCUAUCGCUAUAAAAUGAUCACAAUCUAGGUCCCAGGCUGUCCGAUCAUUUAGAUAUGCAGUGGUUGAGCAGGUUAUCAACUGUAAAAUAGAUCCUGUAGAUGAAGCCACAACCUGAGAGUUGAACAAAGCAUACAAGAUUUUAUGACGAUACGUCACUAGAACGGUUAGCUCAGUUGGCAGACAACUGGCACGGAACGCCUGCGGUCGUGCGUUCGAGUCCCGCAUCGUUCAUAAAAUUUUGUUUCCAAAUUUUAUUUUGUAUAUUAAUCCUAGAAGUGAGGGUUAUCACUUUAAAAACAUAACAAAUUGUUUAGUAAUAUAUAUGUUAAUAUAAUGUGAUAUAAAAUUAUUAUUAUGGCCAAGUUUGUAUAUGCGAUAGGGCAUCUUUUACCAGAUUAACGAUAACUAUCCGAGGAUAGCUAUAGAUAACGGCAGUUCUCAAGAUUUAUAUAUAUUUGCAAUAUAUAUAUGAUAUGCUAGAAAGGUAUAAAUAUAAGGCUGCAUGUUUUUGUACAGUUAAGUAUAAAUUCGCAAUUUAAUUUGCAAUGUUUGGUCAUAAAUCCGAUAAGAGUAUUGAACAUUCCCGCGAUGGAAAACUGAUAAGAGUCUGUUGAAUAUUUAUGUGGUGAUGGCGGACUGGCGGCACGGCAGUGGUACCCGCUGGUGCGGGGCUGGGGGGGGGAGUUUGUCUCAUCUGACGGUAAGUGAACGAGCACGUGUACAGUGUCAGAGGUCUUUGAGCACGAUCUUGUCUUAUAGAUCUUAUAAUUGGACGUAAGUAGUUCCUGAAAAA